AUGGACAUAGAACCCCAUUGUCUUUUAUGUGGCUCCAACCAAGAAUCUCUUUUACAUAUCUUCUUCCACUGCCCUUGGAGCCAAGAUAUCUGGAGGAACACCCACUGGACACAUCAGCAAAGGUUUUUAUUUCCAAUUACAAGCCCGACAAUAUAUGAUAAUCUUCCCAAUUUUAUCAAGCUCUUGAAUUUGGAAGAUCUGGGGACCUUCAUGGUGACGGCAUACCACAUAUGGCGGGCUCGAAACAAUAUCCUUCAUGGAAAUAACUCUUUAUCUCAGCAAGAUGAUGUCCUCGUGACACAACACCUGAAAUCCUCCUUCAUUGCAGCUUUUGAAGAACCAAUACCAACAAACAGGCCGGCUCCCUCUACUUGGUCUAUCCCUGCUGAUGGCUGGGUUAAAGUGAAUGUUGAUGCUUCCUGGAUUGACGAUCGUUCAAUGGCUGGGGUUGAGCAAUCAUCCGGAACAGUUAUGGAGAAAUCAUUGCCUCUGCUUUCAAGCCUCUCCGGCCAACCGCUUCUAGUCUAG